GACAUCUGCCUUGGGUUGAAGCUCAAAGCCCAGAAGACGUGUCUGGUGUGUUUGGCGUCAUACUGCCAGCCUCACCUGGAGCCUCAUCAGAGAGUCGCAACCCUUAAGAAGCACAAGCUGAAUUGACCCUGUGUCAAACCUGGAGGACAGGGUGUGUAAGAGGCACGACAAGAUGUUUGAGCUCUUCUGUCACACAGACCAGAUGUGUGUUUGUUUCAUGUGCUUGAAGGACGACCAUGUGAUGCAUGAAACUGUCCCAUUUGAGCAUGUGUUCAGAGAGAGGAAAGCCCAGCUGGAGAAUGAGACAUCAGAAAUGAAAAUGAUGGAGGACGCCAAAGCCAAGAGUAUUAGGGAAAUCAAGUGCUCUGUUGAACAGAGGAAGAAAGAGUCAGAGAAAGAGAUAGCAGACAUUGAUGAGGUUUUCACUGCUCUGGUGGCGUCUCUGCAGAGGAAACAGGCCGAGCUGACUGAGUUGAUCCAGGAGAAGCAGAAAGCAGCAGAGAAACAGGCUGAAGACCAUGUGACACAACUGGAGCAAGAAGUCAAUGAGCUGAGGAAGAGAAGAUCCAAAAUGGAGCAGCUCUUACAAACAGACGACCACCUCCACCUCCUGCAGAGCUGGCCAUCCCUCUACUCCCCUGAACACAACAAGGACCUGUUCCACCCCCUGUCCCACUCCACCACUCCAUCUACACAAGAUGUGUCUGACAGCAGUCAACAGAGGUAUGUAGGAAUGGUUAGAAAAGCAGUGGCUCGGAUGGAAAAGACAAUCGGUAAUGAGAUGGAGAUGCUUAUUCAUGAGGUCAGGUUGUCUGAUGGCUGUGAGAGCGCUCAACAAGCCUGAUGAAGAAAAACCACUGAUGACAGAUGAGUUUAUUAAAGAAAUGUGGAAUCCAUCUCAAGACAAGCUGAUGAUGAUCCAGCAGUGCGAUGCAGUGGAUGUGACUCUGGAUGCCUACACAGCCAAUUCCAGACUCAUGGUGUCUGCGAAGGGGAAAGUACUGAACUUUCAUCCAGGCCAGUUCUUCACCAGUAGCACUAUAUUUAUGAGAAAAUUUGAAAAUUUGCCUUUCGUCCUUGGUAAAGAUGGCUUUUCCUCUGGCAGAUUCUACUAUGAGGUUCUAGUCAGUGGGAGUACAGGCUGGGUCUUGGGAGUUGUCAAAGAGUCCAUUAAUAUGGCAACAUUCACCUAUCCCGCCCCUGAAGAGGGAGGCUGGGUAUUUAGUGGACUCUGCAACCAGUUCCAAAAGUUAUAUUUUGCUGAUUUUGACUCUGGUCCCCUGUACCUGAGGCAGAGUCCCCAGACAGUUGGUGUGUUUGUCGAUUAUGAGAAGGGAGAGGUUUCCUUCUACGACGUGGACGCCAGGACUCUGAUCUACUCUUACACAGGAUGUGCCUUCACUGAGACCCCAUCAAUUCUAAAAGCUUCUCUCCAUUAUCUUACUGGCAUUUCCUUAAGUAGCAGACCAAAGCUUUACCCUGUUUUUGGUAUGAUAGGAGACGACGCAACCGACGUCCUUGUAAUCACUCCUGUACAUUAUGCAACUUAAGGUGCCACACACAUCAGAAAACAUUGAUGUGUAACUUCUACUGAAAGGUUUUUUUCUCAUUUCACACAUCAGCUCUGUUUAUUAGUAAUGGAACAUACAUAUCAUAUGAUUUUAUAGUACUGUAUAUUUCUUGCAGACAAUAAUUAAUCAGUAUUCAGGUCUAUUUCUGAAAGAAACAAAGAGGAAACAACAAGGAGCGGACAUCUCUCGCACAACAGCAAACAAAAUCAAUGAAUAAAACAGGAAAAUAAGAAACAUGAAUUAUUGUUGUGAUUCUAAAUAUCUGAUACUUUAAGUCAUAUGAAGAAUAUCUUUUUUUUUACUUGCCAAAAUCACAGUAAGGUCAGAGGUCAGUUUCCAGACCAACCUGAUGUAGGAGAUUAUGUAGGUGCACAGCAUAUGAGUAUUGGCUAUCAAUCAUCUACUUUAUUGUUUUAGGUUAGUUUCAAUGCUGUGAUGAUGACUUAACAGUAAAUAAAGAAAAAGUAAGGAGAGGUAUCUGUCAUACUACACAAUACUGUAAAUUAUCUCAGCUUUCUGCUGUAUAUGCACUCAGUUUGCAUUUCAUCUCUGCCUUCUGAUGUUAGUUUUGCUUUGGUUAUUUUACACAUUGAAGCAAUCGUAGACAGACUCAGUGAAUGAGACCUACGAGACCCAAAGAGCAGCCUGCUUAAUCUUCCUCAAAAUGUCUAUUUUAAAAUACCAAAAGUGGUUGUAACAAUGGUGUAUAUGACUAGGCAGCAAGAUUCAGUUCACAGACAAUCUGUAAACAAACUUUAUAACACUUGAGACAUAAAGUAAACAGAAAUUUACAUUACAAAAUUGUUGAGACGUUUCCAGCCUUACAAGAGGCAUCAUCUGUAUUUAAUUUCAGAGUUAAGGCUGCAGUUUUGUUGUUUUUCAAAAAAAAUAAGAUUGUUUAAUGUGUCUUUUUCAUUUACAAUACCUCAUGUUGAAAUGAAGCUUGGCGCUACAAGACAGUUUGUUGUACUUUUUUGUGAUAAAAAGAUUUUUUUAAUAGAAAUUCGGAUAUUAAUGAUACUGUUUUUGUUACAGCAAACUGUAAAUCAAAUAAAAGGCCACAGUAAUAAAGAAACUUUCCAAAAAUGA